UUUUCAACAGCACAGACGAUUUUCGCUGUUACAAUCCGGGGGCUAAGCCGCGAAGUGAAGCUGAAUAAAUGUACAGAAAAUCGAGGAACUGAAUUGGGACCAUGGAGUACAAUUAUCUUCAUGACCGGCAAGAGACACGCUCAAACCCAGAACCUGGCCAAGGACACCCUCAGAACCAACAUCCUUUACAUUAUCAGCACCAGCAGUACCCUCCAACACACCAUGCUAUACAGGCAGGGUACCCGGGACUCAGGUUUGCUCCAUACCUCAACCCCCUGCAAGCUCCUGGUUCUGUAGCAGGCACCAUCCCAGGUCAGGGACCGGGUCCGGGACCAGGUCCGGAUGGGCUGCACCCUGCCAGGCCACCCCUCACCUCAGGGUCUCCGAGCAUCACGAGCAGGGAGAGUCCUGGGCAGAGAGGGUAUGAGUUUGAACAUGCCCCAACAGCAGCUAUGCAAGUGAACACCACACCGCUUCACUAUAGAGCAGAAUUAUCCAACAACGCUGUACAACUCCAACAGGUUCCAACAUCACUCUCCACCACCAUAGCAACUCCACCACCUCUACAACAACUCUCAACUCUUAACUCUACACCAGACCCUAGCUACCACAUUGAAGACCUCUCCAACUCAACACACAACAGUAUUGCUACAACCCAGAGCACCAUCCGUGCAACACCGCCUCACCGCAACCCUGCCACAAGCAACAUGAACUCUGUGCAACUAACGAGCGUUAGCAGCAAGAAGAAGGGUCCUCCUCGAACCAGGGUAAAGAGGGACACUCAUCCACAGCCAAUGGUUCAGAUAGUUGAACCCCAGGUCCAAUACCAAAGACCAAAGGAAUACGCCCCAACAUUCACCAAGUGCUGCCAGACGGAACCUUUGUUUGACGAGACCUGGAAGCCGGAUUCCACAAGGGCAGAGCCAUCCAGUCUUCCUUCGGGUUUGGCGUUUAUCGAGACGUCGGACGAGGACAGUAAGAUCUGCGGCGUGAUCUCUACAGAGGACUUGGAAGAAGGAGGAGAGUUUGGGCCAUACACGGGAGAGUUUGUGAGAGAAGGAUUGGGAUGUUACAACCCAUCAACAUGGGAGGUCUGUGUUCGAGGCAGGACAUGGUUCUACCUUGAUGGUUCCACGGACCCUAAUAACUGGAUGCACCAUGUCCAGUAUGCCAGGAACAUCCAGGAACAGAACAUGGAGGCUUUCCAGUUCUAUGGGGAUAUCUACUUCCGCAUCACCAAACCCGUCAAGCCAGGAGCAGAGCUGAGAGUCUUCUACAGUCAAGAGUACAGGAUGAGGGUUGGAUUCAAAGCCAGUCUGGAUGAACUCCAUGUGCAUCAAGAUACCCAGCGGUUUGAGUGUCAGGACUGUAAGUGCCGUUACACCAACGCCAAGAGCCUCUUAAGACAUCUCAAGUUUGAACAUGACAAGGAGAACCAACGCAAUCCUGACUCCAAGCUUGAUGUUCAAUCACAAAUUUUCACCUCGCCAAGGCUGGAGCAGAUCAGUUCAUUCCGCAAGAAGAGGACAACAGCUCAGAAGGUACCGAAAGAGAAACCUGUUGCUGAGGUGGACACACAAAAGAAAAAGGUUAAAGAAGAGAAGAGCAAGAAGUUCUUGGAAGUGAAACUUGUCCCAUUGAAGAAAGCAGGGAAACGAGCCAUUGCUAGUAAAAAUCCGGCCAAUCAGAGUAAAAAGAGAGAUACUGUGAAGAGAUUUUCCUGUAAGAAAUGCAGGAAGCUGUUCCCUUCAGAAGGACGCCUCAGGGAACAUUCUGCAUUCCACCAAGAGACCAAAGACAUCAAACCCAUCUGUGAGGUUUGUGGUUUAGAAUGUAAGCAUCGUAGGGCGCUCAAGCAACACAUGCUCUCUCACGAUUCCUCUUCAUUCCAGUGCCCUAAGUGCAGCAAGUUCUUCAAGCGGAAGGGGUGCUUCGUGUUCCACCUACGGCACGAUCAUAAGAUCUUUGUUGGGACACGUUGGAUGAGAGGUAGCAUUGAGGAUCAGAUGACGAGGUACGUCGGACCUGAAGCAGAACCUGAUAAACCUGAACCCUUCCAUCCUGAAUUACCAAAGGACAUGCUUGGAAAGCGAAUACUUAUCACCAGCAAGAAACCAAAGGUCUUCAAAUGUAAGUACUGCCCAAAGAAGUUCUCCGCUCACAACCAAGUGUACAAGCACGAAAUGACUGUGCAUACGAAUAGUGGUCGAUACAAAUGUGAGUUCUGUCCACUGACAUUCAAUGAAAAGACCAGGUUUAUCGUGCACAGGCGGAAACACACGUUGGAACGGCCCUUCAAGUGCGAGGAGUGCCCACGCUCCUUCUCUUCGGAGAAUGCGCUCAAGAACCACCUUCCAGAACACCGGGGUGAACGGCCCUACCAGUGCGACUUCUGCGGCAAGGGAUUCCGAACACGAAAGUACAUGACGACCCACAAACGACGCAUGCACAUGGCACCGACUGUAUUCCUGAACUGCAGCUUCUGUGACAAGACGUUUAAGCACAAGACGGCACUGUCGCGACACGAGAAGUGCCACAAGGGGAUCCGGCCCCAUGUGUGCCUGACCUGCGGACGUGCCUUUGGGACCAAGUACUCCCUGCAGUCUCACAUGCACGUACAUACUGGGGAGAGGCCGUUUGAAUGCAGAGUGUGUAAGCAGACCUUUGCCCUGAGUCACCAUCUGUCUACCCAUAUGAUACGUCAUGACUUACGCAACUCCAAGGCAGCAGCAGGUGGCCCUUCAGAAGAAGAACAGGUGGAGGUGGAGCCAUGCAUCGAACCUGCUACGGUUACCGAUGAAAAAUGAUUAUGCCUGAGAUUAGUAAGGUUUCUACAACAUCUGUCUACCGGGCAAGCCAAAGUGAGCCUGCCCCUACUGUGGCAAAAGUAAGCAACUGUCAAAGUGAACAAUUUCAUGUCUUACUCUUAAAAGCACACAGAAAUGUUAAGAAUUGAUUUCUUCAUAUCAUGUAAACAAUGGAGUUAAUCCUCAUUAUAUCUUAUUGUCAAAAUUUCUGCCUGAUAUAAAGUGUAUUCUCAAAAAUGACUGUUAAUUUUAAGAUGACGGUUGCUUAUUUUUGUCAAAUAGGUUGGAUGUGUCUGGUUUUCCUGUGUCUUUUUAUGUAAACCUUGGCCAUUAGCAGUCGCAUGCUAUUUACUGUACACCCAGAAACCACCUAGUAGAUCAUCAUUAAUAUAUGCUUGAAAAUUCAAAUUAAAGUGUAACAUUUCCUUCUGUUGAGGACCGAUAACUGGUGUCUUAUUUAAAAAAAUAUGUCGGUUUUGAAUAGCUAUGGUUCAUAUAUGAAAUAAUAAAGCUUUUGAUCAUUUGCCAACAAGUUUUUUUUGCUUAAUGCCACAUUAGUUUAGUAUGUAUAAUAAAAACAAGCGUCUCAUAGAUACAAGCAUCGAUCUGACCUAGCUCCUUAGAUGUUUUUAGCUUGCCAGCGAAUCAUAUGACCAAAGCAUAUAAUGUGUGUAUUUUUAAAGUCCAUCCUUUUCUCCAGUAUUGUUGGUUCAUAUCUCUUCAUUUCAUGCCAAUUUGCCCUUCUUGCCAUUGUUUGAUAAAAAAGGAAUUGUUUUAAUUAUUAUCUCAAGAGUUAUUCUUGUAAUCGACACUUCCCAGUGACUGCUAUUAUAUAUUAUAGGGGAUCAAGUCCCCAAUAAGUAUGGAUAUUGUCAGAAUUACCAUGUCAUCUCCAGUUGUUAACUAUUUGAUUAGCUCAUUAGAGGAUAAAUGAUAGAAGGUAUUCUAUUAACCCUUAACCUAACCUUAUGGCCCGAAUUCACCUCCUUUUGUUCUUUACAAAUGAGGUUUGUAAAAAACGUGUCAUAUGACGUACAAAAACCAAGGUUUGUCGACAAACCUCCUUUGUGAAUUCGGGCCUAUAUCUCUGAUGAAAAUAAAGUCCAGAGCAACCGGUGCAAGAGCAAAAUGUUUGGCCACCUUUUGGGGGUGACCGUGACACCCCAAAAUGCCAUUUUCUGCAUUUUUCAAAACUUGAUAACCUUUUCUCCCUUGCCAACAAACUACAGUGUACAUUAUAAAUAAGUGUGAUGGCGACAUCCACCCCACAGUGAAGUGCAUGUAGUUCUAUAUGAACUUCUGUGCCAUCUACAUGUAUUUAUUUAUUGACCAAUCAUGAAAUAUUUGUAUUUUUUGUUUAGAUUUUUAAUGACUUUAUAAAAGGUUUUCUUAUAUUGACUGCCUCUAGAAGCCCCAUUUCCUCUGUAUUUACAUUUAUUCUAUUUGUUGUUUUAUGAAAAUGUAUAGAAUUUAGAAUCUCCUGGGGGUUGUUUUACAAAGCUUUUUUCAAUGACAAAUGACAACAAAAUCAGUGACAAAUCUGCUGAUAACCAAUCAGAAGCAAGGAUUCACUAGCUUAUAACAAAAAUUGUCAUUUGUCACCGAUGACAAGUUUUGUGAAACACCUCCUGGUACUUGUAUCAUAUCAUAAAACUUGUUUCUCCAAUAUAGCAGAACUUGACUUUUGAAUUCACUUUGUAAUCUUGGCAUUAUGUUCAGUUAAAUAACUCCCGUUUGUUUUUUUACUCCAUUCACGAUUCAGUUUGGAUAGAACCAUUUGAAUGCUUGCUAGGAUUGUAAACAUGGACAUUUUGUUUUCUUUAUACCAACUCUUGAUGACAAUGUAUCUCAUAUACAUCUCUAUACAUUGCCUUCUUCCUGCCAUUUUAUUAUGUAAAUGAUCGCAUGACAUAAGCUCCAAUAUCUACUGCACUAAUCAUAUUCUCAACGUUCACCCUGGACCAAACAGCAUAUAUAGUAAAGGGAAAUCCAAAUGUAUGAGUAAACUAGUCAAGAGGAAUGCAGAAACAUCAGAGAAACAAAUUGAGAAAGUUAUACAUUUUGAAAAGGUGAAAUCACUAUAGGUAUGGGCUCUUCGAAUUAGUUGAAUAGUUAAUGUCUCUGUUAUGUAGUGGCGGACAACUUUCCCAUUUGUUCAUGUGCACAAAAUGACUAAAUUUCAAUUUUUCAAAAAAGUUAUGAAUCAAUAUGAUCUAUUCUCUUUAGAGGCCCUUUAAUAAUAUGCUAUCCAUAAUAAUAUAAUGUGUAGGGCCCCAAAGGAGAAAACAGAGGAGAAAAACAGAUAUCAAUGAGAUUAUUUUACAAAACAAACAGGAUUUAUCUGCAAAUAUGUACUCACGAUCCACUGACCAAACUGCCAACCCGAGAUUUACAUAGACUUGGUGAUCUCCUAUUUGAAACAUUCAUAACUCUCAUAUUAUUGGUCCGAUUUAUUUCAAACUUUUGCCAUUCUGUUCAUCUUGUUUAUCUGCUUUCAUACAAAUGAACUUAUUAAAAGGGUUGGAUUGAUCUCUAUCCUUAGCCCCAACACUAAACUUACCCUUAAAUUUAAUUGCAACCCAGGCUAAAAGCUAGUUCAGAUAUGUGUGAAAGCAGCAGAGGUUUUUUUGACGACUAUGUAAAGUGUAUUAAAUACGUUUCACAUUUCUUUCUUAUAACACCAAUCCUUAGAUACAUUAUUAGAUGCCCCCUCGACUGCAUUGAUAUUGUACAAAGACUAGUGAAAAUGUGUUAGUUCUUUGUAUCUUUCAUUUAUAUUUAAUACAUGUAAUGCUAUAAUGGAAUUUUAAAUAGCCCAUUACAUGUAGGCCAAAUGCCAAAUGAGUUUUUUUGGACAUGUACAGUUACAUACGUUGAUUGUAUUCAUGUAAUAAAGAAGCCAUCGUAUAGAUUA